AAUGCUUUCCUGAAAGUGUUAUAUAAUUAUUAUAUAGUUAAAAAUAUUUAUACAAGUUUACACAGGAUGCCUUCACCAGAAGAAAUUUUGGUGCUUGGUGAAAUUCUCCGUUUAAAAAUACACAAAGCUAAACAUUUAGUUAAAUCAUGCAAAAAUGAUAUGGGGACUUUUCCAUAUUCAUUCGUUGGACAUGAAGUUGUAGAAUGGCUUGUAAAAAAUGAUGAAGUUCAAAACAAAGAUGUUGGCAUCACAGCUAUGAGAAUUCUCCAAGAAAAUGGAAUUUUGCAUCAUGUUUGUGACGAUCAUCUUUUUAACAAUGAUAGCUGCUUUUAUCGUUUUCGAAUUGAUGAUGGCACAUUUUUUGUAGAUUCCAAAUAUAUUUACUAUCAUCAAGGAAUAGUCAUACAUGAUCGAAUCUUAGCAGAUAAAGAAAAGUUUUUACAAAAUUACACCUCCGAUGAUUUAAGUGUUACUGAAAACUGUUUUAAAGGUUCAAUGUUGGUUCAAUGGUUGAUUUUAAAUAAUGUUGAUACUGAGUUGUCAGCCAUCAGAUUGUGUCAGGCGUGGCUGAAUAUUCUUAUAAUUAAAUCUGUGUUCACCGAAUCUACUGAAUUCAACAAUGAUGGUACAUUAUACCAGUUUGUGUUUGAUUUAAAAUCUCCAACAAAGUUGAGAGAGUCAUUAAACUUAUAUGCUGAACGUGAUAAUAACUCAAGAAAAAGCUUUACUGAAAUCAAUAAUACUAGGAAUCUUAUCACAAUAUGGGCAGGAUUUAACAACAAUAAAGCGCAUACCAAUAUUCCUGGCAAAAAAAAUGAUGCUUGUUCUAUAAGUUUGAAUGAACCUGCUACUCCUAUUCAACCAGCUGUGUUGCGAGAUAUGACAAGUGAAGAGCUUCUCAGCAGUGAAAGUACAUAUUCAUGGCAAAAUAUUAGAAUUAACUGCGAUUCAUUUGGGUUUGGUUUUGUAGUUAGAGGUACUGGACCUUGUUAUGUACAAACUGUUGAUCCUACAAGUCCAGCAGCAGCAGCUGGUCUAAAGGUACGCAUGUAUAUUUACUCGGUUAACGGCAAAGUUGUUUUAAACAUGAGCCAUAAAGAGGUUUCGCAUGAAAUCGAUAAAUGUUCGUUUGUAGAACUUGUGACACUUUAUAGUAUUAGAAGAACGAAGCAGUUAAAUAGCGAUUGUGAAGAAUAGAAUGGUUUGAUAGAAGAGUGUUAAAACUAUUAUUUAAAAAAGAAAAAUGUCUGUUUUGUAUAUAAAUAUUUAAACGCUGUUUUCGUAAAUAUGAGUAUAUUUAUGUAUACAUGAGCUUUUUUUCAGGUUUUAUGUAUAUAUGUCUUGUUCAUAGUCUGUGCUAUGUCUCCUGAUGUUGUUUUAUUUAGUUAGGUUUGCUCAUUUACUCAGGUUUGCUCAUUUACGCACAGACGAGUUGUAAGUAGAGUUAGUUAAAAACUCUUGUUUUUUGACAGACACCUGUCUGUUUGUUUUAUAUUUUAUCGAAGAAACAUCUUUUAUAUUUUUAUAAAUUUAUUGGAUUAUAUUGUUUAUGUUAUUGAUUAUAAUGUAUAUAGUUAUGCGUUUAUUGAUUUGCCGAGCCUAAUA